AUGGUUGUGAGCGUGGGGGUGGACUCCGACGGCGACCUGAAGCUGGUCGAUGUAGUGCAGACGGGCGUACUUGCGAUCGCCAAGGCCCUCGAAGUCAACGGGGUAUUGACCUCCUUGGACGUGGGCGACAACAACCUGACCGAGGAGGCGGCCCUCGGCAUCGUGCGCGUCGAGCGGCAGCGCAACAAGCUCACCUCGCUGGGCUUGGCUGGCUGCAGGAUCGGCCCGACCGGCGCAGCGGAGAUCGCCGAGUACGUGUCGGGCAGCGGGGUGCUGAAAACACUUCGGCUCGGCGGCAACAAGAUCGGCGACGAGGGCGCCGUCGCGAUCGCCGACGCCCUUCGCGUCAACGGGGUGCUCACCGACCUCAACCUCUGCAGCAACUCUAUCCGCGCCGAGGGCGCCGCCGCAAUCGCCGAGGCGCUGCGCGGCAACGCGGUGCUGACCGACUUGAACCUCUUCAACAACAAUAUCGGCCCCGAGGGCGGCAUCGCGAUCGGCAAGGCGCUGGCCGUCAACGAGGUGCUGACCAAGCUGAACCUGCGGUACAACAGUUUGGGCGACGAGGGAGAGAAAGCGAUUCGCGAUGUGGUGAGCGAGCGGGAAGGGUUCGAGCUCGAGAUGUGA